AUGGUGGAGAAACAGGACGAUGAAAGUGGCGGCGGCGACAAACCAGGCGCUGGUACCGGUGUCUACCGCUUCAAAGGCACUCGGGAAGAGUACUGUGAGAAGUUCGCCGUGAACUAUGAGUACUAUUGCACAGGAGACAGUGAUAAUCCACAGAUCACUGCACAGUUCUGUCCGUCGUACAAGAAAAGUUGCCGGGAUCGUCCUCAAAGAAGGGGAAACGAGGCAGAGGUCGUAAAAGAGUUCAAAAGAAGAAGAAGUACAAGAAACCCUGUACUCCCGAUUGUGAUCAUCGAAUCCACCCACAUUGUACCGCGGCCUGCAAAUGCGACUGGUCUUAUCCGUAUGUGCAAAAGUUCUGCAAUCCUCCACCUCUGCCGUUGUUCCUACAAACUUGCAGGUAGUCUUAAAAGCUCUAUCUAUUUGACCAAGUUUCGUGAACAUUGGUUACACCUUUCCAUCAGGCUGUGGUACGCGCAAUGUCCCAAAUAUGAACGCUAUCACUACGCCUCUCAAUUCAUCUAUUCGAAGGCAGAAAAGGGCAAGAAAGUCGAACUGCCGUCGAACGCGAAACCAUUCAGCGUACUGUCACCGAACGGAGAACGCCUUCCCGUCAACGUCCGUACCCCAGGAACCACAACCAUCGCUAAGGAUGAUCCUCUACCUCCUGAUACAGUACGGUGGGACUCACCACUCGAAUUGGACCCGGAAGACUUCGAUCCAACUGCUCAUGUUGGUAAAUGGCCUGAGUUGACUUCUAUCGCAUGA